GUUGUGAAAUCGAAUUAAGAAAAAUUAACAAAGCAGGUUUAAAUUGAAAUUCUGCUGCAAAUUCUGUGUUUUGAAGUGAUUUAAUGUUAAAUUAAUGAAAGCAAAGCACUAAAAUCGACGUAAAAAUCAUCACAGAGGUAACAGCAGCUACGAUGGAUGACCUCAAGCAUCUCCAUUACUGCCCGCCGAACGUGACCUUCAACCAGGUGUGGCUUAACCAUGGGUUGUCGCAAUGUUUCAUGGAUACCAUUGCCAGUUCCGUGAUGUUUGGGUUCAUUUUUCUCUUUGGCACGAUCGAGAUGUUGAUGUAUCGGAAGCAUGGGACGCGAAAUGAGAACGUUUUUCCAUCGAAAUUGUACAAAUUUCAAUUAUUUUUGACGUUUUUGAUGAUUUGCCUUACCGCGGUGCGAUUUAUUCUGCAAGGAUUUGUCUACGAGGAUCAUCAUAUCUACGGAUUUAUGAUAAUGUCUGUCUGUUUCAAUGUCAUUGGAUUCCUUUAUUCGUGGUGUCUCAUCGUUAAAGAGCGUAAUUUCUUGUUGCCGAGUGUGCCUACGCGUGGUCAUGGACUCGUCCUGUUGGUUUUUUGGACAUUAGCCUUCGUCACGGAGAAUUUAGUCUUCAUUAAUUACAAACAUGCGGAUUGGUGGUUCAAUUUAACGACUCAAAAAGACAAAAUAGAGAUGGGAUUGUUCAUCACGCGGUACAUCACAACCCUCCUAAUUUUCGUAAUUGGCUUAAAAGCGCCCGGAAUCAACCCCAACGGAGAUUAUUCGAACAUGAAUCAAGCGAAUCAGGAAAAUGUAUCGACCUGGCGUGGUUCAAUUCGGAAAUUACGAACACUUUUUCCCUUUUUAUGGCCGAAAAAGGAUGUUUUCUUGCAGUUUCGGGUGAUUUUUUGUUUCGUUUUGCUCUUGAGUGGCAGAGUUAUUAACGUUUAUGUGCCGAUUUACAACAAAAAAAUUGUCGAUAGUUUAUCUGGAGUCGCUCCAAGUUUCCGUUGGGAUUGGAUCCUGUUGUACGUGGGAAUGAAAUUUUUCCAAGGAGGCGGCACUGGGUCGAUGGGAGUGUUAAAUAACUUACGCAGCUUCUUGUGGAUUCGCAUUCAGCAGUACACAACGCGUGAAAUUGAGCUCGAAUUGUUCGCCCAUCUUCAUAAUUUGUCGCUAAGAUGGCAUUUGAACCGAAAAACGGGCGAAGUGCUUCGAAUAAUGGAUCGUGGUACAGAUUCUAUCACAAAUUUGUUGAAUUAUAUACUUUUUUCGAUCGCUCCGACUAUCGUGGAUAUCCUGAUUGCGGUCGUUUUUUUCAUCACAGCGUUCAAUAUUUGGUUUGGCAUCAUCGUUUUCGUUACAAUGACCUUGUAUAUCGUGGCGACAAUUAGUGUCACGGAAUGGCGUACAAAGUUCCAGAGACGCAUGAAUUUGGCAGAUAACGCUCAGAAAGCACGUUCCGUGGAUAGUUUGUUGAAUUUUGAGACUGUGAAAUAUUAUGGGGCGGAAAAAUAUGAAGUCGAAUGUUAUCGAGAGGCGAUUUUAAAGUAUCAGACUGAAGAAUGGAAGAGUAAUGUAACUCUAAAUAUCUUAAAUACCGUUCAAAAUGUCAUCGUUUGUGCCGGUUUGCUCGCCGGAUCGCUUUUAUGUGCAUGGAUGGUAUAUGCCCAGAAGGGAUUAACAGUCGGGGAUUAUGUCCUCUUCGCUACUUACAUCAUUCAGCUUUACGUUCCCUUGAAUUGGUUCGGAACAUUCUAUCGGGCGAUCCAAAAGAACUUCAUCGACAUGGAAAAUAUGUUUGAUUUGUUGCGCGAAGAGCAAGAAAUCCUCGAUCCGCCCGGCGCUCCUGAUCUCGCAGUCAUUCGUGGCAGUGUUGACUUCUCAAACGUGACUUUUGGUUACACGCCCGAGCGAUUUGUGCUGAAAAAUGUGAGUUUUACCGUGCCUGCUGGCAAAACAGUCGCUCUCGUGGGUCCUUCUGGCGCCGGAAAAUCCACAAUUAUCCGUUUGUUGUUCCGUUUUUACGACGUAGACUCGGGCGCGAUCAUGAUAGACUCGCAAAACAUCAAAACCGUGACGCAACAAAGUCUUCGCAAGGCAAUCGGAGUUGUGCCGCAAGACACGGUGUUGUUCAAUAACACAAUUAAAUACAAUAUUCAGUACGGAAGAGUCGAUGCACCCGAAGCUGAUGUCCUGACAGCGUCGAGAAGUGCAGAUAUUCACGAAAAAAUCAUGACUUUCCCGGAAAAAUACGAAACUCAAGUCGGAGAACGCGGAUUACGGUUAAGCGGAGGCGAAAAACAACGAGUUGCCAUAGCACGAACGAUUCUAAAGUCGCCUUUUAUUGUGAUGUUGGAUGAAGCAACGAGUGCUUUGGAUACCCAAACGGAACGGAAUAUCCAAACAGCACUGCAGAAAGUUUGUGCGAACCGAACGACGAUAAUUGUGGCGCAUCGCUUGUCGACGAUCAUUCACGCGGAUAAUAUUUUGGUAUUGAAAGACGGAGCAAUUGUCGAGAGAGGAAGACAUGAUCAACUGUUGCUCGCAAAGGGAGUUUAUUAUGAUAUGUGGAAUCAACAGUUGCAAAGUUUGGAAACGGAAGACACGAAUAAAGAAGGGGAGUCGUCGGAAGCGUAGAGACUGAAGUAAAAUUGAUUGACUAGAAAUGCUUAGAAAAAAAAUUAGAGUAUUUUUUAUUAAAAAAAAAAUUAAUUAAAAUUAAAUUUAUUCCUUUGAAUAAAGUAGUUGAUUAGCGAAAAAUUUGUCUUUUUUAAUGAAUUUUUUUUCA